CCAACACUCUUACAACAACAAAACCACCAUCAUUAAUACCAACACCAACAAUGGCUCUCGACGACAUACCCGUAGCGCAAGCUGUCACCGUCAGCCUGCAAGAGCUAAUCGACGGCACAAUAUCCCCCCAAACCCUAACGGCAGCCUUCGGCCCCUCCUCCCUGGGCAUAAUCCUUGUCAAAGAUCUCCCCCCAACCUUCUCCCACCUGCGCGCCCAAGUCCUCUCCAACGCCUCCUACCUCGCCUCUCUGCCCCCCAGCGCCCUCGACUCCCUAACUUGCCCCUCCGCAAAAUACCUCAUCGGCUGGUCCCUGGGCAAAGAAACCCUCCGCGACGGCCACUACGACACCCACAAGGGCUCCUACUACCUCAACUGCGCCUUCUACAAAGACCCUUCCCUGCAGGGCGCCCCCUCCAUCGACGCAGAGUUCCCCGAGUACACUUCCCCGAAUAUCUGGCCUAGCGAGACGGAUCUCCCUACCUUUAGGAGCAGCUUUGAGCAGCUGUGUACAUUGAUCAUUGAUACGGCGGCGUUGGUGGCCAGAGCGUGUGAUCGCUUCGCGGUGGAGAGUGUGGAUGGGUAUAAAGAUGGGUAUUUGGAGAAAGUGGUGAGGGGGAGUUUUACGACUAAGGCAAGGUUGUUGCAUUAUUUUCCUACUGAAGAUUCCUCCUCCUCUACAGUAUCUACUGGGGGGGAAGAAGGGGCUGAGGAUAAUGAUGAUGACUGGUGCGCCACACACCUCGACCACGGAUGUCUGACGGGCCUCACGUCCGCGAUGUUCGUCGAUGAAGAAGCGCAUGAUCCCUCCUCCUUGGAAGAUAAAUCCGUUCCGUUGCCGGAACUCACUACCUCGCCGGAUCCGAAGGCCGGGUUGUAUAUCCGCUCCAGGACGGGCCAGGUCGUCAAGGUGAAUAUACCGAAGGAUUGUCUUGCGUUUCAGACGGGUGAGGCGCUGCAGCUUAUUACGAAGGGGCAGUUCCGUGCUGUGCCGCAUUUCGUGAAGGGAGCGAGGGGAGUCGGUAAGGUGGCGAGGAAUACGUUAGCUGUGUUUACGCAGCCGAAUUUGGAGGAGGAGGUGCAGGAGGGGGUUACGUUUGGGGAUUUUGCCAGGGGGGUGGUGGAGAAGACGUCGAAAUAGGAUUGAGUGUGUAUAGUUUAGUUCAUUGCAUUGGAGUAGCUUGCUAGCGAGCUUUUGGUAUCUUCUUGAAUAUAGUACAGUCCAGCUCAAUCAAUCAUCAUGUCUUACCCGCUUCCGCUCCCUCUCCCUCUCCUUAUCAGGCACAUAGUCCCCCUCCUCUGUUUCCUCUGUCCCACCUCGCAGCUGGUCCAUCCGUAGCGUGAAGUCUUCCUCUUCCUCUUCCGAUUCUUCUUCCUCCUCCUCCUCAUCAUCAUCACCAACCGACAACCGACUCGUCCCCUCCUCCGCCUCACUAACAGGAUUACUCAAAUCUGCACUCCCCAACCCCGUACUAACAAGCUUACUGAGCUUCCCUACCUUCGCAAAAUUCGACCUCGACUUCGUCGACGGCCGCCCCACAUCCCCAGGUAUCUUCGCCUCCCUGAAAUCCGCCGGUCUCGCCACCCCAUCCAGCACGCGGAGAUUAGCCCGCCACAUCUUCACGUCCCUGGCGUCGCUAUAAUGCCCUACAUCCUCGCCAUUCAGUGAGUCAAUCGCAAGCGUCU